GCCAAAUUCAACUCUCUCUCUCUCACACACUCUGUUUUCCUUCCUUCUCAAUUCUCUCUGUUUUUGCUCUCUUCCUUCUAAAAACCCACAAACAUGGACUGGAUCCGCGGCGACUCAAUUGGUUACGGCAGCUCCUCGACGGUGGAUUUAGCCAUUUUCCGAGGGACCCACUUCGCCCCGCCGUCGGUAAUGGCGGUGAAGUCCUGCGGCGCCGGAGAUUCCGACUUGCUCAAUAACGAGAAGCAAGUCCUCGACCAAAUCGGAAACUCCCCGUACAUAAUCCGCUGCCUCGGCGACGACCGCAGCUUCGAGAAGGGGCAGAGCCUCCACAAUUUGUUCCUCGAGUACGCCUCCGGCGGCAGCCUGGCCGAUCACGUCAAGAAAUCCGGCGGGAGAUUGCCGGAAUCGACGGUCAGGAGCUACACGAAGUCGAUUCUAAAGGGGUUGGAUCAAAUCCACGGAAAAGGAUUCGUUCACUGCGAUGUAAAGCUCCAGAAUCUGUUGGUUUUCGGUGAUGGGGGAAUUAAGAUUGGGGAUUUCGGACUGGCGAAAAAAACAGGGGAGGCGGAAGAAAAACAAGGGAGGAGGGAGAAGAAAGUGGAGAUUCGUGGGACUCCUCUGUUCAUGGCGCCGGAAUCGGUCAACGAGAACGUUUACGAGCCGCCGUGCGAUAUUUGGGCUCUGGGUUGCGCCGUCGUCGAGAUGCUGACGGGGAAGCCGGCGUGGAAUUACAAGCCCGGGACGAACAUCUUCUCCUUCUUGAUGAGAAUUGGGGCCGGCGACGAGUCGCCGGCGAUUCCCGACGAAUCGUCGGUGGAAUUGAAGAAUUUCCUGUCCAAUUGCUUCGUGAAGGAUCCCGCGGCGAGAUGGACUGCCGCGAUGCUUCUUGAACAUCCGUUCCUUAGCGCCGACAAAAUCGGAAACGGAGACGAAACGCGAAACGACGCCGUUUGCUGUUCGGGAGAUGAAUUUCCAUCGGUGUCCCCGCGGUGCCCGUUCGAUUUCCCCGAGUGGGUGUCGCCGUCGGUCCAAUCGUCACCGGCCCGAUCGGAAUUCGAAUCGAACCCAUUCGAUUCGUUCUCGAGCUGCUCGACCGCCUCGCCGGUGGAAAGAAUCCGGCAGCUGGCCGGCGGCGAGCGGCAGGGGAUGUUGAGUUGGGGGGAUUCAGAGAGCUGGCUGGUAGUGAGGUGAUGAUGAUGAUUGAGACAGAGAAGAGAAUUUUUUUUUUUUUAGGGAAAGCAAGUUGGGCAGAUAUUUAGUAAUUUUUGUUUUUCUAAUUUUAAAUUAGGAUGGUGGUGGUGAGCAAUUUUUGGUUGCUGAUGGGUUGGGUUUCUUCUUCUAACAAUUCAAUUGAUUCAUUUAUUUAAUUAUUUUUCAUCUCCCUUUUUCUGGGUUUUUGUGGAGGGAAAAAGGGGGGUUUGGGAAAUUGUUAAAAGGUAAAGUAGGAUUAGAGAGAUUAGCAGGAAACAAAGCAAAGCUGACAUUAGUAGUGUUUUUGACAGAAGAGAAGGUUAUAUGAUUGGUGGCUCUUUGUGGCCUGGCUGGCUGAAUGUACAGAUAGAUUCUCUGGUUGAUUCCUUAAUGGUUUCACAUUAUGAUCAGUUAUUAUUAUCAAUAAAUUUUGAUUGAUUUCUCCAAUAAAGUUAGCAACUUUGAAUCUUUGAUCUUUAAAUGUGUUCCCUUCUGUUGUUACUCGUCGUGUACGUUCGAUGAAAUUGAAACGGAGCUGAUUGUUGGAUAAAUGUGGUGAACAUUUUGUAAGUAAGAUCUCCUUCGUUCGUACAAAUGUCGUGGAAAAUACCCGACGACUUGAUCGAACGACUGUGUGGAGCUAUAUACGUGUCCUUACGAAUGAUGUGGUAAUCAGUGUAGCCGAAUUUGAUUAGGGGUAACUUAUAAUCUAAGCACUGCAACAGUGAGGGAUGUUAGUUUGAUGAACAGUGACUUGAUGAACUGGAAGAGAAUGAUAAAAAGGUUACUUGUGCAAGUGAGAAUGGGGGGUGGAUGGGAAGUUUGUUGUUUAGAAAAAUGGAAAGAAAUGGGAGAUUGGUUGAGUGCAAGUAGAAGAUGAAUGUCAAAACGACCAAACCAAUUGGGCACCUAAAAAGGGUUUUAGGUAGAUUUGGGGGGAAGCAUCUUCAUAGAUAUUCCCGUGGCAUCAUCUCAACAAAAGGGUUUUAGGCUGGUGUCAUUUCAACUCAGAGUUUGGUUUAGCUUCAUUUGGGUUUUCUGUUUUAGCUUACUUAGAAUCAAGAUUCAUUGCACCGUAUGACGAUGCAGAAACACGAAACUAACUUGUGUCGAAUACGUUGUAUUACCUUUUCGUGUUUCUAAGAGAACUGGAUCAUAACAGUGGUGUUGUUGGUUGUGUAAUGGCUUCCAUGUUGAUCCAAUAGUUGGACACACAAAACUCAUGUCGCUGUGUCAAUCCGAAGGCUAUGAACAUUCAGGGGGCAGCAAUCCGGCCGAUGGAGAUGAAGUCGUCGGAUACUCGGAUGAUCCCUCUCGUGAUCCCAAUUGUUAGAUCAACAUCAUGACAUUAUUUGAAGAACCUACUCUGAUCCAUGUCGCUCGGAUCCAACGAACAGGAGUACAUGUUCACUUCAUCACUCCGAGAAUAAAAAAUAGAAGAAACACAUGAGAUUUAAUCCAACGAUGUAGACAUGUGCUAGUAUUUCCCGUCGACCUAAUAGAGGUACAAUGUUUUGUUACUAUCAUAAAGGGGAUGGUUUGAUUGAAGGAUUUUGUGUGAUCUACGAGCUUAUAAGUCAGUACAAAAGUGAGCAUCCAUAUUCAAGUUAAUCUUACAAGUUACACCAAAGAAUACAAAAGUUCAAGAUUUAGGAAAUCCAGCGACUGAGUAAAGCCAAAAAAGAAAGAAACAAAGGGAAGGAAUCGCUAUUAGCGUGGUGGAGGAAUACUGAAAAAUCCAAAAACUUGGCAACAAUAGGGCACAGAUCGACCGGCGGCGGCGGCAGGAGAGGAGAUGCUUUGGUGACCGAAGAAGACGAAGUAAGAAGCAAGCUAGGCAGCCUAUCCAUUUGUCGGGAAUAAGCUAUAAAGUUGGAU